CCCCCACCCCACCAUCCCCCGACCACCACACAAACCACGCACAAAAUCACCUCCCCUCCCCCAAACCCAACGAACGACGCCGCCGUCCGAUCGAGACAUGGAGAACGGCAGGUGCAACGGGUGCUCGGCGGCGAGGCCCAACGGCAACGGCGGCGUGGCGCCGCCGCACGUGGCGAUGCUGGCGACGCCCGGGAUGGGGCACCUGAUCCCGCUGGCGGAGCUGGCCAAGCGGCUGGCGGCGAGGCACGGGGCCACGUCCACGCUGCUCACGUUCGCGUCCACGGCGUCGGCCACGCAGCGGGAGUUCCUGUCGUCGCUGCCCCAGGGGAUCCAGUCCGUCUCGCUGCCCCGCGUCGACCUCUCCGACCUCCCCGCCGACGCCGCCAUCGAGACGCGGAUGUCGGAGGAGUGCGUCCGAUUGGUGCCGGCGCUGACGGGGAUCCUCCGCGGGAUGAGGGAGACCACGCGCCUGGUGGCGUUCGUCGCCGACCUCUUCGGGGCGGACUCGUUCGACGCCGCGCGGGACGCCGGCGUGCCGAGGAGGUACCUCUUCUUCCCGACCAACCUCCACACGCUCUCGCUGCUCCUCCACCUCCCGGAGCUCGACGUCUCCAUCCCCGGCGAGUUCCGCGACCUCGCCGACCCCGUCAGGCUCCCCGGCUGCGUGCCCAUCCCGGGGAAGGACAUCCUCAUGCCGCUCCAGGACAAGUCCAAAGCCUGCUACAAAUGGAUGGUGCACCACGGCAGGCGCUACUGCGACGCCGAUGCCAUCCUCGUCAAUUCCUUCGAGGCCGUCGAGCCGGACGCUGCCAAGGCGCUCCGCCACCCGAAGCCCGGCCGCCCGCCGGUGUUCCCCAUCGGCCCGCUUAUACAGACCCACUGCGCCGACGACGCCGCGCCGCCCUCGCCGCGCGCGGCGUGCCUGGGCUGGCUCGACCGGCAGCCAGCCAAGUCGGUCAUCUUCGUCUCCUUUGGCUCCGGCGGCGCGCUGCCGACGGAGCAUAUGCGGGAGCUCGCCCUCGGCCUCGAGCUCAGCGGGCAGCGAUUCCUGUGGGUGGUGCGGAGCCCGAGUGACGAGGGCGAGGUGAGCGCCAACUACUACGACGCCGAGACGAAGAAGGACCCCUUCAGCUACCUCCCCGAGGGCUUCGUCGAGAGGACGAAGGAGGCGGGCCUGCUGGUGCCCUCGUGGGCGCCACAAACCAAGGUGCUCGCCCACCCGGCCACGGGCGGGUUCCUGACGCACUGCGGCUGGAACUCCGUGCUCGAGAGCCUGGUCCACGGCGUGCCCAUGGUGGCCUGGCCGCUCUAUGCCGAGCAGCGCCAGAACGCCGUGCUGCUGGCGGACGGCGUCGGGGCGGCGAUCCGGGUGCCGGAGGCGAAGGGGAAGGAGAAGAUCGCGGCGGCGGUGAGGGAGACGAUGGCAGGGGAGGGGAGAGGGGCGGCGGUACGCGCCAAGGUGGCCGAGCUGCAGAGGAUGGCGGCGGAAGGCCUCCGAGACGGUGGCGCCGCCACGUCGGCGCUCGAUGAGGUGGUGAACAGGUGGACAGGAGAGGAGUAGGUGGCAUGUUGCGGAAUACACUUUGGCAAAUAUGUGGACGGACGUACGGUGCUCAUUUAGGGUAUUUAACUUUUUUUUCCACUCUUAAAAUUGGUCGAUAACAUAUAUGUCACUGGUUAUCGUGUGUCUCAUAUAUCUAUGACAUAUGAGUCCAGUAACAAAUCUGUUAUGACCGAAUGUAAAAGUGAUAAAAAAAUUAACUAUUUCGCU